AUGCAGGGAAACAGUUGCUGACCACACCAGACACAGCUUGCUUGCUUCAGCCUUCUUGAAUGCCUGGUCACUGUAGCUUUGUACCAGCCUGACCAAGCAGGACCAUGUCUACCUUUGGGUACAGAAGAGAGCUCAGUAAAUAUGAAGACAUUGAUGAAGAUGAGCUCCUCGCUUCUCUCACUGAAGAGGAGCUGAAGGAGCUGGAGCGGGAGCUAGAGGACAUAGAGCCCGACCGUAACCUUCCAGUGGGACAGCGGCAGAAGAGCCUGACGGAGAAAACCCCAACAGGGACUUUCAGCAGGGAAGCACUGAUGGCCUACUGGGAGAGGGAGACCAAGAAGCUCCUAGAAAAAGAGAGGUUGGGUGCAUGCGAGAAGGAUUCUGAGCAAGAAGAGGACAAUUCAGAAGAACUUCAAGAAGAAUGUUUCACAGAAAGCAAUAGUGAAGUGUCUGAGGAGGCAUAUACUGAAGAGGACGAUGAAGAAGAAGAUGAAGAGGAAGAUGAAGGUGACAGUGAUGAUGAGAAUGAAGAAGAGCAAAAUGCUGCAGCUGGCAGGCGUUCUGACCACGUCAGACACAAAAAGUGUAAUGGUGCAAAGGAUGAUGAAAGCUUCCUCAAUGGCCAUGAUGGAAAAGACAGUGAUAAUCGGAGCUUAAAAAGCAGUGCCAUCCACCCUUGUGGUAACCCAACAGUUAUUGAAGAUGCUUUGGAAAAAGUUAGGAGCAACGACCCUGACACCACAGAGGUCAAUCUGAACAACAUUGAAAACAUCACUUCACAGAUGCUUAUACAAUUUUCUCAAGCCCUGAGGGACAACACAGUGGUUAAAUCAUUCAGCUUGGCUAACACCCAUGCUGAUGACAAUGUGGCAAUAGCUAUUGCUGGUAUGUUAAAGGUUAAUCAGCAUAUAACUAGUCUGAAUAUUGAGUCAAAUUUUAUCACAGGCAAAGGCGUGCUGGCCAUCAUGAGAGCUUUGCAGCACAACAAGGUUCUAACAGAACUGCGGUUCCACAAUCAAAGGCACAUCAUGGGCAGCCAGGUGGAAAUGGACAUAGUCAAACUGUUGAAAGAGAACACCACUCUGGUAAAGCUGGGGUACCACUUUGACCUUGCUGGCCCAAGAAUGAGCAUGACAAGUAUCCUGACAAGAAAUAUGGAUAAACAAAGGCAAAAGCGUAUGCAGGAGCAGCGGCAGCAAGAGUCAGGUUGUGACGGAGCUGUCAAUCCAAAGACCAAAGUUUUGCAGAAGGGGACACCUCGGUCCUCACCUUAUGUGUCGCCUAAAAGCUCUCCGUGGUCUUCCCCAAAGCUCCCUAAGAAAGCACUGCCAGUGAAAUGUCAGCCUUCAGCACCUGCACCACCCCCUCCCCUUCCCCCCUCGCCCCCCCCUCCCCCUCCUCCUCCCCCUCCUCCCGUUAUUCCAGAGAAGAAGGCACCUACCAGGAAUAUAGCUGAAGUCAUCAAACAGCAAGAAAAAGCCUUACAUAAUGGACAGAAAAAGAAAAAAGGCAAAAAAACCAGAAAACAUGAGAACAGCAUAUUGAAAGAAAUUAAAGAUUCUUUGAAAUCAGUCUCAGACAGAAAAUCAGAGGAAGGCUCACGACCCUCCACCCGGCCAUCCACCCCACAAAGGUCUCUCCAUGACAACCUUAUGGAAGCAAUUCGGGCAAGCAGCAUAAAGCAAUUAAGGCGGGUGGAGGUACCAGAAGCCCUUCGGUGAAAGCCUGACGGCAGAAGAAGCAGAGCAGGGAUCGAGGGGAGGCUGCUUGUCCUUUCACUGGUGGUAACACAGACUGUCUAGAAAGCUGCUUCCAAAGUACACUCUUAGAUUCAAGCCAUUUCUCUUUUAUUUCAAAGAAAUAAACCUGCUAAAUACAAAAUAAUGCUUUAAGGAUCCAUUUGCAUUGUAAUCUGUAAAUAUGGAAAUAAUUUUCUUUUUUAUUUAAUGAGAUUUAUAUUGAGAAGUUGUUGCUUAUUUAGAUAUUCUUGUCAAUAUCUGAUUGCACAUAGCUGGACAAGUUCUUUACA